UCUCAUAUAUGGCAAGUAGACGGGGCAAGAAAAAGAAGACUUGGUGGUGUUUGUUGACAUUUCGAUACGUGCGAAAUGUUUUAAUUUGGGACUUUAUGCUGGUAAUCUUGUCUUGUGAAUGCAUCGAAAGUGAUUUGCUGUCGGUCGUUAAUCAUGGAACAUGUAGUGUUGAAAUCCGUUGGCAGUGGGAGAGUGGCUUUGACCUUACCUGUAUCCAAUGUUCAAUUUGGUAGUGGUUCAAAGACUUUACAGCAAGUGAAAGAGCUGCCUUCAAACUUUUCCUCUGCCAGAAUAUUUAAGCUACCGCCUGGCGUUGUUCUCGUGAAGCCAACGAUAGGAACAGUUGGAAGUCCUGUGGUAUCAAAUCAGCCAUGUCCUGUCAUCCGCUUAGGCUCACCAAAGAUUGUUCCAAUACAACCGAAACCUCCACCAAGAAUUAUUCCAAACCCAGCUUAUAAACCUGAACCUGUAACAUCGAAAUGUCAAGCUCAGGUCGUGAAUAAGAAACCUCCUGUUGUGCACAAUGCAGCAAAAUCUCAAGACGAAGACUCUCUGAAAGAAAAUAAACAAAUAUCCUCGAUUGUCAACAAGACAGUGAAUAGAUCUGUAAAUGAUGGCUCUGUUUCUGUGACAUCCUGUGGGAGUUCUGUUGGAAAUGAUCAGAAUUCUAGGCCUAAACCAAAACCCUGGGGUAGAGACCCUCGCCCUUUGUGGAAGAGCAAGGAGCCAAUAGUAAUGUAUAGUGGUUGCUCAAAAGAAGAUUUACAAGAGGCUGAGAAGAGGAAAAGGAAAAAGGAAUUUCCUCCCGCAAGUCUCCCUUGCCCCAAAAUACUCGAGGAUAUUCUGCCAAAGUCAUACAGGUAUCACAUAUUUUCUUUUGAAGGAUUGGAAAAUCCUGAACAUUUUAAAGCUGAAAUAAGAACAACUAUAACAAAGAAAGAUGAGGCUUUGCAAUGGUUGAAAGAUUUUGAGGCAGCAUCCGGAACAAAUUUUAGAAUUACAAAAACCUUUAAAGAAAACUCUUUCCGUAUUGUUUUUAAAAAAUGCUACAAAUGCCACAAAAAUACAUUUAGAAAAGGCCAACAACAGAGCAAAAGACACCUUGGCUGUCAGGCAAGAUUAUCAAUAACUGUGAAGAAUACUGGCAUGAAAUCAAGCGCUGAUCCAUUGCUAAGUGAAUUUCCCUGUGUGAUUGGCAUACACCAUAAUCACUGCCACUCCUUGACAACUCCUGAUGCCCUUCGUCAUCGCAGAACCCUGCCGGAAGUUAGGGAGAAGUUUGCUGACAUGUUCAGAGCCAAAAUAACACCUGCAGCCGCACUCAGAGUCCACAAGGCAGAUCUAAAGAGAGAAUAUGGUGAUAAAUAUGAAGAAGCAAUCAAUGAUGGUGCAAAAUGUCCUCCGUUACCUUGGUGCUACAGACUUUAUUAUGAAAUUUGUGGGAAAAAAGUCAAGGAUGGUAAGAAGAAAUCGACUAGGAGAUCAUACUCUUCAUCAAAAAAGAAAGUUGUUGUUCGUCAGACUAUGCAAAACUCAUUUCCAAGCCAUUCAGCGAACUCUGUUUUGGCUGAUUUUAACCCUGAGAAUUGUUUGAGUGAACAAUAUGCCAUGGAAAAUCUUAAAAGCAAGCCAGAUGAUGAAAUGCAGAGGAGUAUCAAUAGUUUGUAUGGAUAUGAGUUCAUGUCUAAGAGCAAUUUAGUUGGAGAUGAAGUAUUAUCCAAGGGUGUUUCAUCAAAUAGAACUGAUAUGUUAGUAGGUAAUUCUGAAUUGGUAGAGACAUCAGGAAACACAGAAAUAUUAAACUCUCAUGAAGUACUGUAUCGUAAUGACUCUGGAGGAAAUUAUGAGGAACCCAGUACAAUUUUAGAUGAUGAUGAUCAGGAUCAUGAUAAUGUUGGUUUUGAAGAGACUUGUGAUAUUUUAGACCAAGAUACUCAAAGCAAUGAAGAGAAUAGAACUGUAGAGAGUACCAAGGGUAACAUGUCUGAAUGUUCCAUCAGUGAACUCAAACAGGGUUUACAUGAUUUCUAUAAUCAUCUAUUAAAUAAGAUGAGAAACAACCCAGAAUUAUUUAUUCCAGCUGUAGAAACUUUUAUUUCUACUGCUAAUAGUGUUUCUAAGACCGGUUCUGACUUUGAACUUGCUGAAAAAUUGUAUAAUUUUUCAAAAACUAUGUCUGAAUCAGCUAACCAGGUUACUCCAGAAUUAACUCAUGCUGUAGCCCCUCCUAGUUCAAAUAUUAGUAAGGCUCAGAAGCAUAAACUCUUAGAAUCCCAUUCAGAAGUGUCUACACUUGUAGAGGGCCUCUUAGAACAAAGCCAAAGCUCAUCUAUUAUUGGUGGGACACCAGAAACAUCUGGUAGCCCUCCCAAAAGGAAAGUGCUUGUGCUUCGCAUGAAACCAAAUAAAUUCCAUCAGAUUCUUGGAAAAGUGGAAGAAAACAGAUUAAAAAAGGGGUCAUAAACAUGUAGUUACUUUCCGUGAGUUAUAAGUUCUUUGUGUCGUGUCCUUGUUUUUAACACUUACUGAAUUCUUGUCCUCUGUUUUUUUUUUGUUUUUUUUUUUCUUGUUGUCUCUCUCUCUAUUUUUUAAUCUGUCUGGCAUGCACUUACUAAUCUUUUCAUUGUGUCAUGUGUACAAGUUUUCUGUUUUGAGUUACGGAUUUUGAAAAUGUUUCUGCUACUUUACAAGACGUUUUGUAAGGCUGAAACUUCCUCAGUAUUCUGAAUAUUUUUCUCCUUCUAAAGUCGUAUUUUAUGUAUGGUAGGCAUAUAUAAACUAGUGUUUAUUAAUAUACCCCAUGUUAUUGCUAAACUUAAGUUUUAUUUUUAUAUCAAAUAAAUUUAUUUACAAUUCAUA